CCGCGCCUCCCCGGGCAGGAGUUGACACGUAGGGACCGCACUGCGCCGCGCAUCACAGCCCGUUUCACACACAGGAGCGAAGACAGGGACUGCCCGCGGAACUUCUCGGAAAUGGCGCUGGCAGGACUGGCCGUGUUCGCGCUCUUCCUGGUAUCCGACGCGGCCGUGGGCCCGAGCAAUUCCAGCGAGUCUAGCUUUUGUACGGAGACCAAGGAGUGUCUUUUUUUCGACCUGAUCUGCAAAACGCCGAACUAUGAGGUGCGCCACUAUGACGCUACGAAGUGGGUGUCUACGGACGUGCAGGCCUACUUCCUGGAGACGGCCGCAGGAAAGGGCUUCAUGAGGCUCUAUAAAUACAUCACUGGGGCCAAUGAGGACGGAGUCAAGAUCGACAUGACCGCCCCCGUGAUCAUCCGCAUUCCCGAGGACAAGAAGCUGUUGGAGCCAGCAGUGUACACCAUCAACUUCCUGCUGCCCUCAGCCUAUCAGGAGAAAGCCCCCAAGCCGACCAAUGAGGAGGUCUACUUCACUGACAUGCCGGAGAUGACCGUCUAUGUGAAGAGCUAUGGGGGCUGGAUGUUGUCCAUGACCUCUAAGCUCUACUCCCGCCUGCUGGCCAAAGAGCUGAACAACACCCAGGCCUCCUACCACAAUGUCUUCCACUACGGCGUGGGCUACCAAAGCCCUAUGAAACUGCUCAACCGACGCAACGAGGUGUGGUACAUCUCUAAGGGGGAGCUGGUCUGCGCAACGCAGGAGGAGACCCCCAGCGAUGCCACAGUGUCCGCCUGAGCUCAGCCGUCCAGGGAGGGAGGGAACAGGAAAUGUGUGCAGGGCGUCCUGGACCCACACCGCAAAGCUUCUCAUCCCCACAGCUUGGAGUGUAUGCGCAGAGCUGAGCCCGCGCCCUGCUCUCCUCCCCAGCCCAUCCUUCGUCACGUCAUCUCCCGCAGUCGGAACGAUUAAACAACCAGGGGGCAGUCAAGCCGCUGAGGCGUGGAUUCGAGCGGGCUGACGCCUGAGCUCAGGGGUUCGGGUGCGAAGAGAGACACUAUCGCUAAAACGUCGAGCAAGGAUCUGCACUGCUCCCUGUCUACUCCCGCAUCACUGUGAGGAAUCGCAACCCUCAGAAUUACAGGCAAUCGGCACAAGACUCUAGGAUCUACUAGCAGGGAGUCAAACUCCAUUCCCAGAGAGCCAGGCAUCACCCCUUACUAAUUAACUUGCACUGGGAGAGGGACUCCAACCAGGCUCCCAGGUGUUUCACAGGUGACUGUCUCUUUAAUCAAAGGAAUGUUGUCAGCAGCCAACCAUUAAAAACCUAGUGAUUAAGAAAAGGUGAAAUGUUUAAUUCGGCUGCUGGGGUUGGAACACAAACCUCACUGGCUUCGCCAAGGAAUUGAGUCUGACACCCCUGAGCCACACAGCCGAGCAAAGGAAUUCAGGUUCAGUUUUUAAUUUGUAAUUUUCUUCAGCUUUUGUUUAAACCUUGGCCCUAAUAUCUAAAACGGAAACAAAUCGUAAGAAUCUUCCACACCCGAAUCCUGGUAUUAAUCUUCCUCCCGACCCCAGUGCUCAGCGGGUUUUGGUCAGGGGGUUAAAAGAAAUCCGUUCAGUAUCCAGUCAACAUUUACAGAAGCCUAAGGUCCCUGAGGUGUGUGGGUGUGCGCUACACAUGUGAGCUGUUCUCAGCCUGUGCUUCCAAGCCCUCUCGUUUCUGCGAAUACACUCAGUUGAGACACAGGUCAGUACCCAGUGAGGCACAAAGAGGAAGCAGCCACAGUCAUUCCUGCCCCGCGGUGCAAUAAAUGUGCUUUCCUAUACACCGGUACAGAGCUCUUGCUGUCUCUCUUUCCUGGGCGCAGUAGUUUUGAGCGUUUCUUCUGCUAGUCUGCAUCACUGGGACACACUCAACCCUUCUGUCUCUGCACAUUGAAUUUCUUCACACAUGCAUACAGCCACAGUUACAUGCACACAUACACACAUACACACUGAUACAUGCACAGAUACACCCAUACACAGAUGCAUGCAUCCACAGAUUCAAAAUGGUACAUUUACACAGACAAAUGUACACAUCCACAGAUACAUGCACCCACAGAUACAAAAUGGUACAUAUACACACAGA